AUGCAACUAUUAGAAAACUUCUUUCAAUCCAAGAAUUUUGCUUUUGUGGAAUUACAGGCGAUCACAGAGCAAAUAUCGCUUGGUGCUGAAGUAGUGGCACGCGGUCACGGUGUUGAAUUGAGCUCAGCGUCUGGUGCCGGCCGCUGGGCGUCAGAGGAUCAAUCCAUCAGCGCCACACUCGGCAACCGAGGGCUCGACUUAUGCUACGCGCGCGUCAUCAAGCCUUUCCUCACCGUAGCUGCUAUGCUUGAGGUUGGAUUCGCGAUAAGAAAAGCUGUGGCUACAUUGGCUUAUGAAUGGCACACUGACGAAUGGACGGUGAGGGGUUCGGCGGACUCUGAUGGCUUGGUGGGAGCAACGUUGCAGCGUGCGCUUGGCGGCAAACGUGCGAAGCUCGCCUGCGCUAUAUCAGCGCUUCUUAAUCAUCCUAACGAUAAAUUCCGACUCGGAUUCGGUGUCACAGCAGCCAUUAUCUAG